AUGAUUAUUAUGUUAAAUUUUUUUAAUUUUGUAUUUGAAAAAUCACCAUCACAAUAUUUUAUUUGUGUUAUAUCUCAUAAAUGGAUAGCAUCAGAAACUCAAGUUGCCUUUUCAUUUUGUUAUUUAAUAUUAGCAGAAAAAGAUCCAACAUCAAUUGAACUUCUUGAUUUACAACCGUUACCUGUUAAUCCAUUAAGAACUUCAAAAUAUGAAGAUUUAUAUAAUUUUAAAUUUUUU